AUGUCAGAGCUUAUUUAUCAAAAACUAUUCCUCUUACGAAAGCCUGGUAAAAAAGACGAAGAAAAAAACAAAAUUGAUCGAUUAGGUCAUGGUCGUGCAAUACCAAUUAAACAGGGAUUUCUAUAUAAAAAAGGAACGAACAGUAUUAAUCGAGAUUGGAAGAAAAAAUACGUUGUUUUACUUGAUGAUGGUCGAUUAAUUUAUCAUCCAUCAUUACAUGAUUAUGAAAAUGAAUCUCACGGUAAAGAAAUAAUUCUUCAACGUACAACAAUUAAAAUUCCUGGUUCAAAUAAACCACGUAUUGCAUUACGUAGUGCAAGUAAUGAUAAUAAAUUAAAUGAUUUAACAUCAUCAGAUGGUGCUAUUAUUAUAUCAAAUUCAUCGGUUACACCAGGUGUUAUUGAUCACGUAGUUGUUUCAUCUCCAUUAGGAAAAAUUGAAACACCCAAUGCUAAAAAACGUCAUCGUCGUGCACAACAAACGAAUUCAAUGAAUUCAGUAAAUAAUUCUUCAACACCAAAAUCAUUAUCAAAUCAUAAUAAUGGUGAUGAUGAUGGUGAUGAAAAUAUAUUUAUUAUUGUUUCAUUGGAUAAACAAUGGUAUUUUGAAGCACAAUCGAAUGAAGAACGUGAUGAAUGGGUACAAGCUAUUGAACAACAAAUUCUAUAUAGUUUACAAAAUAUUGAAUCUUCAAAAGCUGCACGUGCUGCUAAAAUUGGUGGACCAUCUAUGGCUGAUUCAGCAUCUAUACAAACAAUAAAACAAGUACAUGGAAAUGGAUUUUGUGCUGAUUGUGAUCAACUAAAUCCAACAUGGGCUUCUUUAAAUCUUGGAGCUUUAAUUUGUAUGGAUUGUGCAUCAUUACAUCGAAAUCUUGGAACACAUUUAUCACGUGUUCGAUCAUUAGAACUUGAUGAAUGGCCACCAGAACUUGUUCAAAUAAUGCGUUCAAUAGGAAAUAAACUUGCCAAUUCUGUUUGGGAAGCAAAUAUUAAAAAUCGAGCUAAACCUCAACCAAAUGCUUCAUUAUCUGAACGUGAACGAUGGAUUCGUGAUAAAUAUGAACAAAAAUUAUUUCUUGCGCCAUUAGCUAUGUCACCACCUUUAGCAAGACAAUCAAUCAUUGAUGCUAUUAAUAAAACAGAUCUUUAUACAGUUAUACUUAUAUUAGCACAUCGAAAAUUAUCAAAUGAAGAUAUUAAUUCUUCAUUAUUACAUUUAGCUGCUUCACAAGGCAAUGUUACUAUUUUACAACUUUUACUUUGGUAUGGUGGCGAUGCGUUUUCUGUAGAUAGCAAUGGUCGUACACCUCUUCAAUGUGCCCAAGGUGAUUGUAUUCAAGUUCUUCAAACAUUAACAAAUAAUAAUACUAAUCUACAUACUAAUUAUCAACAAAUAAAACCUCCAUCAAUAUCUCCUCAACAAAGUACAUUAUCUCGUCAACGUCCACCAGUAUCAUCACCUGGUCCACCCUAUGAUAAACUUCCAUCCACUGUUAUUUAA